GGGUGUUCAUUGUGCAGAAGCAGGAGCUGUUUGGUUGUGGGAAGCGUUUCAAAGGCGAGAAGGAAUCGAAGGGAUUUCCGUCAAUAGAAAGGAGAGCGCUGGAAGCGAGAGGGGUUGCUAAAUACUAGCGAAUGUGAGGGAAAAAAUAUGCAUAAUAGAAUAGACAGAUGUAGGAGAAUGAAUCCAUGUUGGCCCAAGGACUUAAGAGUUAUUCCAGAUGGGCCGGGAUGGCCUAGUUCCGAACCUGUGUGGACUCUUGUCUGUAGAUGACAUCUGGUUUCCAGGUGAUAUGCCGGGGCUGUUUUAUCUUGAUUGGUCAAAAUGACGUUAUGAAGGAGUCAGAAGACUUCUUACUAUGAAUGAAAGGACUUGUGUCACUGGAUAGAAGGAGGAAUCAACAGCUGGAAAUACAACCAAGUGAUCUGACGGGAUGGGCAUUUGCCUGACAUACUUUAUAGAGGAAUUGGAAGGCAUAAGUGAUUAAGGUGGUAUUGAGGGUCUCUGAAGCCUAUGAAAUUCAACCAUGAUUUCUUUUUCAACUCUACAGCAUUCCCUUCCUUGAAGUCUUCAUUUUCACCUUAGUCUGAGGAGGUACAAUUAGUAUAGGGGAGUCAGCUUAUAUGCCAAGUCCUUUGAUUUAUCAGUUUUCAAAACGGCAGUUAUACUUAAGCAUGAACAUUGACGACAAACUGGAAGGAUUAUUUCUUAAAUGUGGCGGCAUAGACGAAAUGCAGUCUUCCAGGGCAAUGGUUGUAAUGGGUGGAGUGUCUGGCCAGUCUACCGUGUCUGGGGAACUGCAGGAGUCAGUACUUCAAGAUCGGAGUAUGCCUCACCAGGAGAUCCUUGCUGCAGAUGAAGUGUUACAAGAAAGUGAAAUGAGACAACAGGAUAUGAUACCACAUGAUGAACUCAUGGUCCAUGAGGAGACAGUGAAAAAUGAUGAAGAGCAAAUGGAAACGCAUGAAAGACUUCCUCAAGGACUGCAGUAUGCACUUAAUGUCCCUAUAAGUGUAAAGCAGGAAAUCACUUUUACUGAUGUAUCUGAGCAACUGAUAAGAGACAAAAAGCAAAUCAGAGAACCAGUAGACUUACAGAAAAAGAAGAAACGGAAACAACGUUCUCCUGCAAAAAUUCUUACAAUAAAUGAGGAUGGAUCACUUGGUUUGAAAACCCCUAAAUCUCACGUUUGUGAGCACUGCAAUGCUGCCUUUAGAACGAACUAUCACUUACAGAGACAUGUCUUCAUUCAUACAGGCGAAAAACCAUUUCAAUGUAGUCAAUGUGACAUGCGUUUCAUACAGAAGUACCUGCUACAGAGACAUGAGAAGAUUCAUACUGGUGAAAAACCAUUUCGCUGUGAUGAAUGUGGCAUGAGAUUCAUUCAAAAAUAUCACAUGGAAAGGCAUAAGAGAACUCAUAGUGGAGAAAAGCCUUACCAGUGUGAAUACUGUUUACAGUAUUUUUCCAGAACAGAUCGUGUAUUGAAACAUAAACGUAUGUGCCAUGAAAAUAAUGACAAAAAACUAAACAGAUGUGCCAUCAAAGGUGGCCUUCUGACAUCCGAGGAAGAUUCUGGCUUUUCUACAUCACCAAAAGAUAACUCACUGCCAAAAAAGAAAAGGCAGAAAACUGAGAAAAAAUCAUCUGGGAUGGACAAAGAAAGUGCAUUGGAUAAAUCUGACCUGAAGAAAGACAAAAAUGAUUACUUGCCUCUUUAUUCUUCAAGUACUAAAGUAAAAGAUGAGUAUAUGGUCGCAGAGUAUGCUGUUGAAAUGCCACAUUCUUCUGUUGGGGGAUCACAUUUAGACGAUGCUUCGGGAGAAAUACAUCCACCUAAGUUGGUUCUCAAAAAAAUUAACAGUAAGAGAAGUCUAAAACAGCCACUGGAGCAAAAUCAAACAAUUUCACCAUUAUCUACAUAUGAAGACAGCAAAGUUUCAAAAUAUGCUUUUGAACUUGUGGAUAAACAGACUUUAUUGGAUUCAGAAGGCAAUGCUGACAUUGAUCAGGUUGAUAAUUUGCAAGAGGGACCCAGUAAACCCGUGCACAGCAGUACUAAUUAUGAUGAUGCCAUGCAGUUUUUGAAGAAGAAGCGCUAUCUUCAAGCAGCAAGCAACAACAGUAGGGAGUAUGCGCUGAAUGUGGGUACCAUAGCUUCUCAGCCUUCUGUAACACAGGCAGCCGUGGCAAGUGUCAUUGAUGAAAGUACCACAGCUUCCAUAUUAGAUUCACAGGCACUGAAUGUGGAGAUUAAGAGUAAUCAUGACAAAAAUGUUAUUCCAGAUGAGGUACUACAGACUCUAUUGGAUCAUUAUUCCCACAAAGCUAAUGGACAGCAUGAGAUAUCAUUCAGUGUUGCAGACACAGAGGUGACUUCUAGCAUAUCAAUAAAUUCUUCAGAAGUACCUGAAGUCACCCAGUCAGAGAAUGUUGGAUCAAGCUCCCAAGCAUCCUCAUCAGAUAAAGCCAACAUGUUGCAGGAAUACUCCAAGUUUCUGCAGCAGGCUUUGGACAGAACUAGCCAAAAUGAUGCCUAUUUGAAUAGCCCGAGCCUUAACUUUGUGACUGAUAACCAGACCCUUCCAAAUCAGCCAGCAUUCUCUUCCAUAGACAAGCAAGUCUAUGCAGCCAUGCCCAUCAAUAGCUUUCGAUCAGGAAUGAAUUCUCCACUAAGAACAACUCCAGAUAAGUCCCACUUUGGACUAAUAGUUGGUGAUUCACAGCACUCAUUUCCCUUUUCAGGUGAUGAGACAAACCAUGCCUCUGCCACAUCAACACAGGACUUUUUGGAUCAAGUGACUUCUCAGAAGAAAGCUGAGGCUCAGCCUGUCCACCAAGCUUACCAAAUGAGCUCCUUUGAACAGCCCUUCCGUGCUCCAUAUCAUGGAUCAAGAGCUGGAAUAGCUACUCAAUUUAGCACUGCCAAUGGACAGGUGAACCUUCGGGGACCAGGGACAAGUGCUGAAUUUCCAGAAUUUCCCUUGGUGAAUGUAAAUGAUAAUAGAGCUGGGAUGACAUCUUCACCUGAUGCCACAACUGGCCAGACUUUUGGCUAAAAAAAAAAAAAAAAAAAAGUGUAAAUAAUACUGGCACUUUAGAACAGAUUAAUCAAGAGUGGGGUUACUCUGUGUAAAAUGGAGUGCUGUACAGAUUUAAGAGCAAUGCGUUAUAACAAGUUAGGCUGAUAUGAAUAGCAAGAUAAUCCAGUAACUGCAUUUUGUUUGGUUAGUCAGCAUUCUUUGAACUGCCUUACAUGUUGUCACCUUUAUAGAAGCAAUGCAUAACUUGUUUUAGAUCAGAAACUUGCUAUUCCACCUACACCAAGUUUAAAAGGAAAAAAAAAAAGACUCGCACAAUUGUUUCCUAACUGAUAACAUUGUACAUUCUUAGGAGAUUAGUAAUUGUGUGAAAUUUACUCAUACUGUUUCUAAGUUUUUCAGCAUAGUCAUUGCACUUCAGCAGGGAAUCUGAGUAUACUUUACAGACAGAGUGAACUUAAAAGUUUAAAUGUCAAGAGAUUAUGGCUUAAAUAAAGUAGUGUGUCCUAUAGGGGGAAAGGAAACCACAUCUUAAAAAGAAUGAUAUGCCAUAUACCCUUGAUUUUAAUUUUGCGUUAUAUUGACAUGGUGUUUUUUUUUUUUUUUUUUUUUUUUUUUUUUGAGAAAAAAAAUAAUAAAAAUCUGAUAGUCUAAGACUCCACUAUUUAAAAGCCUAAUUACUUUUAAAAUAUGCAUACUUUCAAAACUUUUACCAAAAUAACUGUUGAAGCAUUCACUUCUCUGGAAGUAUGCAUAUUGGUGUCAGUUUCUUUGUACAGUGUACGUAGAUAUUUUUUAUGAUUUUUCAUGUGCAGGUAUCAAGGUUGAAAUUUUAGUAAAAAAUAUUCUGUAGAUUACAUUCCCAAGAACAUAAUGCUUACACAAAAUGUAUAUUCCACGUUUUAAGCUUAAUUGUAUUUUACUUUACAUAUACACUUCAGUUAACAUAGAGCACUUAGAAUCUAUUUGGUAUUUUUGAUUUCUCAAAGUAAAAAAGAAUUUAGAUUUUUAGGUUUGGUAUGAUUGUGUCAUAAUCAUCUCAUAAUUGACUAUUUUAAUUUUUGGCAAUAAAAAGGAAAUUGGGUAUCUUUGGAAACUGUAAAACCUGGUAUAAUCCUUCUCUUUCUAGAAUCUUAAUAGAUUGGAUAAUUAAACAGUAUCCAGAGAACUAAAGAAAUGGGCAUUUUAAUUGCUUAUUUUAUCUUGAGUUACUUUUUAAUGAACACGGCUCAUUACAAUUUUACAAACCAAAAGUGUUUACUAAUUCUAGUAACAACAAUUUCUUUUACAGCUAGAUGAGUGAUCGGAGACUUUUUGUUGCAUUUCAAAAUCUAAAUAAACUACAGACUUUAUCCUUAUACCACGAAUGUUUUUUUUUUAAUACUUUGUCUUAAAAUAAUACAGCAUGGUACAAUAAAUAGUGCUUUUAUAUAUAUCUAUAUAUACAUGUAUACUUUUCUAAAGAAUGAUGGUUUGAGUUACAUAUUGGGCAAUUUUGAUUUUUGGAAAAUAAUAGUAAUACUGAUUUUAUCCUCUUUAAUUUGUUCCUACUUUUUGGUUUUUAAUUUUAGAUUUUCAUCUUUGUCACAAUGCACAUAUUGAUUAGCAACAGUGAUAAUUUAAAAUUACUACCCUUGGAAGAUGAAACUUUAUUGUUGUUAAUUUUCCAUCUUAACUCUUAUAUUGGCCCUACAGAUCUGCAGUCUUUGUUUCAGUAUAGAAUGUUGUACAUUUAAAUUAUUUUAUUUAAUAUUAUCCCAAGACUGUUCUCAUAAAGAAAGGGGACAAAGAAACACCCCCCUUUUAACACCUUUCACAUUUAUUUUGAAUAUAUUGUGUUUUAUGGUAAGGAGUAUAAAUUAUGUUUAAUGUGGCUUCCUCUACACUUGGUUAUUAAGCUUUGCUUGAAAUAUUAAUUUUCCCAUUUGACAGCUUUCUUUGCUGCCAAAUUUUUCAAGAAUUUUGACUUCUUUGAAGUAGGUAUUUAAGUUCUGCCAUUAUUGACUCUUAAGAAUGUUGUGUGUUGUGUUGUAUAUCACAAUUGCAAGAAGGCUUAAUUCAGGUGAGAUGUUAAAAAUGGAACUGUGCUCACACUAGUAGGCAUAUGUAUUUUUCUCAUGCUAUUGGAGAUAGUACGAUUUUAUUUGCUGAAUUGAUUUUUUUUUAAGUCUGAUCAGAAAUUUUUUUUCUAUUGAGAACUUGAUGUAAUUCUUGGUACAGCAUAAAGUUUUUUGUUUUAAUAUCACCACCAGCACAGUUUUUAGAAUGUGACUCAACUGCUAAGCAGUUAGGAUAAGCUUAAGGAGGAAGGCCUUUGAAAAUGGUAGUUAUGCAAGCAGAAUUUCAGGUGUUGCAUUCCUGUCUUCAACACAUUUAUUUAAGUCUACAUAAUGGCAGAUUUUUCUACCAUAUUAGAAGCAUAUUUGAGAUCAGUGAUACUUUGGCAUAACUUAUUGACUUACCAUUUAAGUACAGUCAUUACUCUCUUACUGUGAAAUUCUCAAUGCCUACUAGAGUUACCUUGUACUAAGCAUCUCAACAAUUUGGGUUUCCCCACUUGGUUCAGAAAGUUUAUUUCUCCCUGGGCAUUAAUAGAGAAAGCAAGGCUGCUUGUGCUGCUUUAGAUCAGAAGAUUGAGGAUAUGAGAUACCUUUUUAAAAUUUGUGUUUCACAUUUCUCUCAGUGAGCAAAGUGUUCUAUUAAAAACCUGCUCUUCCACCCUUAAGCUUUUUGGUCAGUGUGAGUGAGGUAAUGCUUUUUCACUUGGACCUACUCUGACGUUUUGAAGAUUGGAAACAUCAUGUUAAAUGACAGAAUACCUCUUGAACAUCUAAAAGCAGGGUUAUUUUUUUUAAACUUCGUAUUGCACACACAUUUCAUUUGGUUCAGAAUGUUUGAGUGGCUCCUAAAGUUUGAAUCUACUUCAAAUUUUCUAUUUGAUACCAUAACAAUCCAUCCUCUUGGCUCUGGCUGAGGACUUGUCAGUUGGGGCAUUUUCUCUGAGAGGCAGAAGAGGCCUUGUGCUCAGGGUAGGCUUUCAUUUUCACAGGCAAGAGAAACUUGCAAAGUGCCAGCGAGGUUAGAUCUUUCACCACUUCUAUCAUUGUAUUAAUUUGGGUUUUUAAAGGGCUGUUUAAAAAAAAAAGCCGGGAAACUUUAAAAGUAGGCAUUACUGUAGUACUGCAUUUCUUAGAACACUUAAACUAGAAUUUGUUUUUUCACAGUAUAUUUACUUGAAGAAGCACUAUUAUAAUCAAUGAGAAACUUCUUGACUCUGCAAUUUAAUUUAAAAUUUUUCCGUUUCAAAUUGCUUUAUUUCAGGGAAAUAAUUUUCCAGUUGUUUUUGCUAUAUUCUGCAAAUAAAAACCGUGUUUCCUUUUUUCACUUAAACUUUGGUAGGAAACAAACUAAAGCAGACAAACAUUUCUUGUUGUGUUUGUUGCUUUCUUUAAUCCAAUGGAUAAAAAAGUAAAACCCUGUAAACAUUAUUUUAUUUUUUUAUGCAAUACCAUGCUGUAAAUAUGGUUCAUCAAAUAAGGAUGUACCUAUGAUUGAAUCUUUAAUUCUGCACAGUUAGAGUUUAUAUAUAAACGUGUCUUGACAAUCAAGGACUUUUAUGUGAGUCUUCCUUUAUGAUGUUUAUUAAUGUUAUGCAUUCCAUUUGUUUUGAAGUGAGUACCAAUGUGCUAAUUUGUAUUGUCUGAAAGUAUGUAAUGUUUUUACAGUUUGUUUUUAAGAAUUUGUAAAUAUGUACAAACAAAUCACAGUACUGCUUUAUGUUAGAAGGCAUAUGAUGUUGUACUGUAUGUAAGCAAUAAUACAUAGCAGUGCUAACUUUACAAGUAGCAUCAGGAAAGUUCUAAAAACAUUUCAGAGUUACUAUCCUUAUUUCAUUUAAUAAUGAUUAUCUUUAAUCAGUUUUUAUAAGCAAAUUCCACUGUUCCUCCUUUUGGAACGUAACACUGUUUACACAGCAUAAUUGAAGUUGCAGGGGAGACAGGCUAAAUCUGACUUCAUCUGUAUCACUGUCACUAAGCAUUGAAUGGCCUUACCACUCUUCUGCAAGAUGGAGGAAGACCGCAAAACUUAGUGCCCAUCACACUGAAGUAAGGGGGUGUGUUUUUUCCUGCUUCUGUACUGCUACCUGACUUUGUGGUUUGCUUUGGAUUUUAAUAUUUGUUUCUUUUUAGCUUCAAGCCAAUAGGUUUUGAGGUGACUUCAGCUCCAUUGUGAAAUAGAUAGUUCUCUUCAUAUUUCAUAGCUACAAUUCAGUAAUUCUAAACUUUCUACUUUGAUUUUUAGAUACUUAUUUUUCAAGCUUGAUUUCUCAGCUGACCAGAUGAAUUUAUUCAACUUCAAUACAAAGAAAGACAAACCUAUUGUAGUUUGAAUUGAGUAGAUAUUAUACUGUACAGAACAGCUAACUAUUUGAACACACACAUCACUGCUUUAGAAAUAAAACCGCCAAUUUAUAAAUGUAUAUGACCUACAUUUUAUAGGAGAAAUGUUUUUAAAUGCUAGUCAUUUAUAUAAUGUGCUUUGAAGGAUUUGCUAGUCCACUUCUGUCACUUUUUAGUACACUGGUAUCUUUUAUAUGUAAUGUAUGCUUUUUAUUAUUGUAGCAAAGCAUUUCAGUAGAAAGAAUUUUGCAACAAUAUGGGGGAAAUUUUUCAUUGUUGGAUUUGAAUUAUACUGGAUUUUAUCUGUGUAGUCUUGUCUUUAUUUUAAUGCUGUCUGGAAGGGAACUUGGUAUCCAAAUAAAGCAGGUAACCUCAUUUUACUUCAAGGGCAUACUGUGUAGUGCUGAAUUUAAUCUGGAAAUCUGAUGAUUUUGAAAAAAAAAGUUUAUAAAAAAUUGUACAGAAGAAAUUAAAUGUGUGAUGGAAAUCCUGAUGGUGGAGCACGUUGAAUUUUCUGAUACAUAGUGUUAUUUUCCUGGGAUCCCCCUCUGCCUUUGUAUUUCAACUAAUAAAGGAAAAACCCUGUCAUUGAACCUGAUAGGAUAAUAGGACAUUCUGGUUAUACAGUAUUACUUUUCCAUUUUCCUAUUCCAUUGACCCUUUCUCAAUCACUGUAAAUUUUUAUUUUUAUUUACUGUUGAUAAUUAAAACAUGUACAUAAUAUAGAUGCUGUUGUAUAGAACUGAAUGAAUUAGGUUGCUAUGUUUGAAUGGGUAACUAAGCGAAAGCUGGAUACUGAGAGUUCAUGAAGUGCCAGAACAAAUUUGCAGGCGAAAGGGGACAUCAUGUGUUCUAGGAGGGUAACAGAGAUGUUUCUUCAACCCUCUGGGAAAUCAGUGUGAAAGAAUCUACUGCAAACUCAGUGUCUGUGGGGCCUUCCUCACCUUCCCAAAUAUACGAGCACUAAAUUUUAAAAUCUACUCAGGUGAAAAUUGCUUUGCAAUGAAACUUAUCACAUUGAAAUUUUCACUGUUUAAAUAAGAUAUUUGUGAUAUUUUUAAAUACAAACCUUCACAUCAGUAGUCAGCAGCCUGACAGUUGAAAUUCGGUAAGUCUCAAUAUAUUUUUAAAUAUACUCUACCCUCCAGAUAGAAUUGUUUUUGGACAAUUGUGGGAGGAUUUUUUCUUUUGUUUCGUUUAAGUGCAUUUUUUAUUGUCAUUGUAAAAAUAAAAUCUUGUUUGACCCCAUAUUAUGCCAUGGGUGAAUUGCUGAGCCUUUAUAAUACAUGAAAGCUUGUUUCAUGCAUAAUCAUGAAACAAAUAUGUUCUUUAAACUGACCUAUUAACAGAGGUUUAAUGAGUUUCACGACUAAGGACAUUGUUAUGUAGUUAAUAUUGCACUUGGAGUUUAUAAUGCCAUUUAAUGUAUUGUGCGGUACAAAAGGAAGUUUUAUUUUAAAUUGAAUUGUUAGACUGUACUUGAAAAUUCUGCAUUCUAAAUGUGGACACUGGCUAAAAAACAAUAUAGCAUACAGUUUUAUGAAUAAUUUCCUAGCUGAAUUUUUCACAAUAUUUUGAGCCAACUAACUACUCGUAAAUAUUUUUAAAUGGUGUGUAGAUUAAUGUUACAAAGAGAAAAGGAAGUCUGUACGGAAUUAGCAGUUUGUUACACAACAGACUGGGUGACAGCAAGGCCUUUACUACUGUAGCUUUCCAUAGAAUGUUGUUAAUGCUAAAAUGCAGGAGUCAAAUGUUAUUCUUGUCAGUAUUUUAGACUUUAAAUAUGUUUACUAUAGAGCUAAAAAGACAUGCUUUUUUUUCUUUACAGAUUCUUUUAGCUCAUCUUCAUACAUGGAAUUUUUUUGGUCAUUAAUGGAAUAGUCUUCAGUCUAUUUCACCCUUUUACUACCUUGUAGUCCCCUAUCUUGUGACCAUUGGGACACAAUGGCUACAGGUAGGAGUGCGGUCUGGGUCCUUGGAAAACAUGAACUAAUCGGACUUUGCAUUUCCUAAUUCCCUGGCUUUAUUAGCCUGGUUCUUUAACCAUUUAUACAUAAUAUCACUGAUAGUUUGUCUAAUGCAUUUCCUAGAUGCCAUUUUUUCUUGAACGAUUAGGAAUGGUAGGGAGAGAGGUGGGGAGAUAACCCUACAUGAUAUUUCUCCCACCUUCUGAAGAUAACAUAACAAGAAAAAUUGAAGUCACUCAAAUUGAAGUGUUGUCAUUGAAGCUUUAUUUGACAAUUUAUGCUCAAAAGGAGUAUGAAAAUUAAUAUGUUCGGGUAGAAUUAAUUUUUUCAGAGAGCUGCCUGUUUCCCUUUCUUUACCCCCCCCCCAAUCCUGUGAUGAACCUGAUAAGGUAUUAGAAUGAAUUAGAUCUUUUUUAGUGAAUACUCAAUGGAAGUGAAAAAAGUUUAUGCACUAAAGGUGAAACUUGGUCUUGUCAUUUUUAAAAAAAUAUGUAUGCAUAUAAGAGCUGGGGUGCAGGCCAGAGAUGCAGGGGGUGAGAGGAUUCACCAGAGACAGUGGAGAGCAGAAAAGGCAGAUGUGCUGAAACUCAUUGCUAGGCAGGAGAGGUCUGCUGCACCAUGUGGGUCACCUCCCUGGCGGGGGAUCAAACUCGUGCUGCAAUGGCUGCGGAUAGCUUCAUAGCACUGCGUCCUGGUGCCACCAGGGAGGCCCCUGGUCUUGUCAUUUUCUUAUGCCAUUUUCAAAUACCCUUAAAGGACAUUUACAGUAAAACAUUUUACACACAUGCAGAUGUAUGUGCAGGAGAACUGACAUGUAAAAUAUGAUACUAUAAGUGAAAAUGACAUUUCAAAGUGAUUUUUAAGUUACUGGAGAAAACUCACAUUUACAGAUGGACUUGAAUUGUAAAAAUAGACAACAUUUUAGCCUUUGCAUAUUUAACAAUUUAUAUAGAUGAACCUUUAAACUUAAGACUCUUAAUUUUCCCCAACUUCUCCCAUUCAUAUUAAGACUAAAGUUGAUGUCUAUGUCAAGGUGAUGAAGGGGGCCAAAGUAAGUGUCAGUAAUUGUGUUUGCUAUUGAUUUGAACCCUUAACUUGCUGGAGCAUAGUAGUCAUUCCGCAUUGAUUAUCUAUCUACUUAGUUAUGGGCAUUAUGCUAGAUGCAAAUGAAGGCAAAGUCUGCUAACAUUUCCUGAACAUCUGAAAGAUGUUUAUAAUGGUAUCAGUUGUAGGAUGCAGUGUUGUACUUUAGAUUAUUAAAGCAAAUAAUGAGUUUUAAAAUGUUUUGGGUGCUGUGCUGAUUUCUCUCUCAUUCAACAAAUGGGUUAGUAGUAGUAGUCCCUAUUUUAGAAUAAUUUUCUAGAAAACAAUUUUAAUAAGUCUAUUCCAGAAAGAUAGUAUAUAUAAGACAAUAUAGUGGAAAUGGAAAGCUAUUAAAAAUUACCCCCUGCUUAAAACACCAAACAUAUUGGUAGGAUUCAAACCUGUACUGGGGAAAUGAGAUAGUAAGUAGACUUUGUUUGGAGGAAGUGACCUAUUACAGGAGUGGGGCAUUAUGCUCUUUAGGGAUUCACAGACCUGAAGGUGAAAAUACACCAGAGAAUCACCUGUACCCCAAGGCUAGGGGGCUGGAAACGGAGGAUGUUUUCCUGAAAGAACUAACUGAACCAAUGCUUGGCAUUCUAGCGCUGCCAGCAAUACUGAUACUAUAAAUCCCUUGAUGUCAUAUGCCACUAGUCAGUUCUCCUAGGUUAUGAUUGUGUUUGAUACUCCAUGUAUUUCUACUAGUUCCUAAUCAUGCGAAACACUACUUGACUUUCCCCUCCAAGAUGUUUGGGCUACUGUGAAAGUUACCUGUAAACCUCCAAUAGGAUAAUUUCCCUUUGUUUCUUUAUGGGAACUCUAGCACACAUCUUUUGCCAAUGACAAUAUGAGGGUUAAGAUUUAUUGCUAGAGUACAAAACUAAAUGAAGAGAUCCAUUUGAGAAAAAGUGUUCAGAACAAGUCAGGAUUAAACUGAGCUCGCGGAAAGCGUUUUUCCAUGCUGACCGUCAUGAUUUGAGAGCCUUUAUGGUACUCAGUGGUGUAAGCAGUGCUGCAUUAGGUGUGUGGGCGUUUGUUGAGGGUGAUGAUGAGACAGGAGCGUGUAGUUUGGUAAUAUUCUCCAGGCUACAUGCGAAGAUACAGAGCAGUGAAAUGAGCAAAGUAUGGUUAGUAUGGGAAGACCUUUAAUGACUGUCCCUUGAUCUAUCUCUUCGUUCUAGCCCUUCCUGAGACUCAGUUUUUUCAUCUGUAAGUUGGAGAUGAUAAUAGCUAUCAUUACUGUGAAUAUCAAAUCAUUUGAGAUAAUUUGUAAACUACAAAGCACUAACCCUUUCCUAGUUCGUAUUUUAAUAGUGGUACAAAGACGAGUGGUACAUAAAACAGUAUUGGAAGCCUCAUUUUUUGCAAAGCAGACCAUGUAGUCAAUUCCCGACAUGCUCACAAUAUCUUUUAAAAGACUGGAGAAUAUGAUGGUGGGUCUGUCUGGAUUUUACUGACCAACAAGGAAUAAUUAGUGAGAUGGAAGUGAUAGGAAUAUUGUAAAUUUAUGAUACCAUUAUCAUAAACCCUGGGAGACAUGGAACAUUACGGAGAAAGUUGUAUGUUUCAGUGAAUGAGAAAAAUCAAUCAGUCUUGCAAGGAGAUUAAAAAAGAGGCAGAAAUACCAUCUUACAAAAGUAAUCUAUUGAACGCUCAUAUAACUCAAGUUUUUGGUCAGUCAUGGCUGGUCUAUGAAGUAAAAGCAAAUCUCAUAGACGGUAAGAUUAAAAUGUUUCCACCUGCUUCACCAGGCAGGAGGAAGGGGUACGUGUUUAUCAGCAUGGAGGUGGUAGACUGGCUGGCUCACCUUUUUCUCCUCUAUUUUUCUUUUACCAUUUAUCUCCAUUCUUUCUGUCUCCUUUGUUACUUCCCCCAAAUGA